AUGGCUGCAUUUACUGCAGUUGAAUUGGUGGCCGACACGUUCAUGUUUUGGUUUCCACUGAAGGGAAUAGUCAAGGUGUCGUUCGUAGCCUGGAUGGUUAUGCCCGGGAUAAAUGGCGCUGAGAUCAUCUACGACCGUGUCCUCGAGCCAUACCUUGUGAGCCACGAGCAGCAGCUGGAUGUGUACUUUCAGCAGGCACGGGCGGCGGCGCAAAAGUCGACCAGCUCAGUGUCAAAGACUGCCUACGACAAGUGGGUCGGUUAUGUCCAGCGGACGAUCAACAAUCAAAAUGCACACGCCAAAUCCUCGUCUUUGCAAAGUCCAGUCUCCAACCGGUCUUCGAAUACGAGAUCGGAAGACCAGAGCUCGGCAGGGUACUCUGGGCUCACAGGUCUUUUGAAAACCGUAUCGCAAAACAUGCCACAGCAGGCAUCGGCGGCGGCCGGAUACUUGGCUGGAUUGUCCGGUAUUGCUGAGGCCCCGCCCACCCAGGCAGAUGCUGUGGGCAAGUCGACGCUCACUUCGGUAAUAACUUCGUGGGUCACCGCUUUUUCGUCUCACUCUCUCACUGAGGUUCCUGACGACCAGCGCUUGCGCGACAUCCGCUCGCGCAAGUUGCAGCUGCAGGAUAUGGUGUCGCAGCUGGAGAGCAGCGAGCAAGUGAUUGCCGCCAAAAGUGCGCCCAUUGUGGAGGUUCCCGAGACAACCAAACAAUCUGAAGCUACCACCGAUAUUGUUGCUGAUGCGCCAAAGGACCCUAGCGAAUUUGAGGACGACGCAGUGAUGGUCAAUGACGAGUCGAGAGCCGAAAAUGCAACUGGCUCGCACGCAGAAGAACCAGAGAAGGCCGGUGUGGAAAACAACACUGCAGCUGCUGACAAGAAGCCGGCUACCACAUCUCGCCGCUGGUUCUGGUAG